UCGGCCGCUCAAGAGUACCAGAGUACACUCGCUUACCGGCAUCCAUCCACACUACACACAGUGAGAGAGUGAGACAGGGCGCAAGCUCGACAAACACCCGCAAAUAACGCCACGGUGUUACACAGUGUAUUAGAUAUAUAUAGAUAUAUAUAUACAUUUAUACAGAUAGAUAAAUAGAUAUACGCAUACACAUACUUCUGUAGUUUAGUUGUUGUUAGAACAACAAUUACCCCUAUCGCAGCGUCAUCGAGUGUUGUGCAGACAUACAACAUUGUUCGGAUCAGCCGACGGUCUUUCAUUUACUCGUUUGACGGUCGUAAUUUACCGCGAGUGUAUUAUUGUUUGUGACUAUUUAAUUUUCUUUGCUCAUAAAAAGUUUUAAAAUUUUUUGUUUUAAUUUUUUUUGUUUGUUUUUUUUUUGACGUUUAAAAAAUGACAGAAAGUUAUUCUUGAUGUAUAAGUGCGUCAAUGUAUGUCAGACUUAAAUUGCAGUGUCGAUAAAUCGAUAAUUAAAAAAAAACAGUAAUUGUUCAAACGAUUGGUUUAAGUAAAAUAUAGUUUUAAUUGCCGUGGUUUGUGAACAAUUAAGUGCAGUGUUGAGCGCUGCGAGGGCUGGAGUGACCAUCGAUCGUCUAUCGAUGGUGUGAAAUUUGACAGCCGUGCGUGAACACUAACCCGGUUAUCUCUAUGACAAUGCUUCAGUCGCAAAAACUGUACAGCGAGGCUGGGAGCCUCGGUAACGCCAUGACAAGCGCGACUAUGUCAAGUAUGGGCACCAUGGCGCCAACGUACAGUUCUAUUAACUCAAUGGGUUGUGUGUCAAUGGGUAUGACCAUGGGUGUUGGUCCCAGUUGCAGCCCGCAAGGGGCCAGUGGGUUCAACAUGAGUACCAUGAGUCCCAUGGGAAUGGCAUCUAUGGGAGGCGGUGGAAUGGGUGGCUAUGGAAGUGCCGCGAUGGGCGGUGGAGGCGCCUGCAUGACUCCCGUCGGAUACGUCGGCGGGACUCCGACGUCUCGCGAUCCUUUGUCUCUUGCUGAGCCGGACUCACCAAAUUCGGCGCUUCAACGUGCGCGUAAUGACAAAUCAUACAGACGCAAUUACACUCAUGCAAAACCUCCAUACUCUUAUAUUAGUCUCAUAACCAUGGCAAUACAGAACGCCCCUUCAAAGAUGCUUACACUAGCUGAAAUUUAUCAAUUCAUAAUGGAUCUCUUUCCCUUCUACCGAACGAAUCAGCAGCGUUGGCAGAAUUCAAUCAGGCAUUCUCUCAGCUUCAACGACUGCUUUGUCAAAGUCGCACGGACUCCUGACAAACCCGGAAAGGGCUCAUUCUGGACCCUGCAUCCCGAGAGCGGCAACAUGUUCGAGAACGGAUGCUAUCUGCGUCGUCAAAAACGAUUCAAAGACGAGAAGAAAGAGCAGGCGAGACAAACAACGAAGCAUCAGCACCCACAUCACUCUGGCGGGGCUACUGGUCACAGCAGUCCGACGUCUCACGAUCUCGGUCACGCAGGUAAAAAAACCGGGUCAUCACUUCAUCAUACCGUAACUCAUCAAUCUGAUGAUAAAGAUCUCCAUUCACUCGUAUCCUCGCAUCACCACCAUGCGACGGGACUUCAUCAACAUCACGGUGGCAUUAAAAGUGACGCUAAUGAUAUUGGUGGUUUAUUAGGACCGGACCUGGGCGCCACACACGACGAGUUGGCUGCCAUGGUAGGCCGCAGUCUCCAUCCUCAUCUACUCAGCGACCCAUCGGCUCUUCACCACGGGAUGGCAGGCAGUUUGAAGCAAGAGCCGCCUUACACCGCCGCAAAUCAUCCCUUCAGUAUCACGAGGUUACUCCCGGGUGAGACAGCAGCAACAUCUCCUGGUGCACAGGACAGAAAGCACCCGGACCUAAAGAUGUACGAGCAAUUGCACCAAAGUUAUGCCAACUAUGGCUCCCCACAUCACCACCCGCACUCGGGCCCACCGUCUCAUCAUCAUCACAACGGAAUGCAUUCCGGUCCCAACUCGGUCGCUACCAUGCACAACAUGUCGAAUCAUCACCAAGACUACUACCAGCCACCGCUGUACCACCACGCGACCAGCGUCUCCAGCAGCAGCGUACCACCCACCGUGUCAUCAUCCGCGGCACCGGGAUUGUGACAUCACGCCACCCACCCGUACGCACUUGCCUGAGUCGCCGUUGCAGCGGCCCACCAAGCCGCGUGCACCAACGACAACGCUGACGACAGCAGAUCUCUAAUGCAUAGAUCCAGUGUGCUAGCGCGUGCGGAUCAUCGUGUUGAUGACAGACACGAGAUUCACCAUCCACAUCCACAUCCACAUCAACAGCAACAGCAACAGCAGCAUCAACAUAUCAGCUGGCAUGUCAUUGCUGGCGUAGAAGAUGAUCCCGAGGACGAGGAUGACCAAGACCACAAUCCCGGAAGUUCUUACUCAGAGGACGUUUGAACUUUACAUGAUUACGACGACGAUAUCUAUCAAUUUAAUAAGUAUAGUACUAAAUAAGGUUUAAAACAACAUUUACUAAAUAAUAACGGCGUUCUUCACUUGCUAUUACGCGACUGAGCAGACACACCUUCUUUUCGUUGAUUUUAGUUUUUUUAUUGCAAAGUAAUUACUGCUACUGAGUAAUUUAAAUAAUUUUAAUUUAAAUUAUUUUUUCUUCGUUUUGUUAUUUUACUUACUCUUAUAUUAUUACCACUAUUAUUAUUAUUAUUAUAGUUAUUAUUAUUAUUAUUAUUAUUACUAUUACUAUUAACAUUGAUGUAAAUGCUAAUCGAUGGACAAUCUAUAUGCUUACAAAUGUUGCUUAGAUUAAUUUUAAAUUGACGUACUGUACAUGGAGUUAAGUAUAGAUGAAGAAAAAUAAUUUAUAAUUAAAUGUUUAAUUACAAGAAAAAUUAAGUUUUAGAUAAUAUUCGUAUGUAUGUUCAUUUGAGUAACAUAAAACUUGUCAUCGCUUAUGAUACCGAUAUCUAAUUUUGAGAUUGUCUGAGAUAUCUUACACUAAGCAGGCUCUGAUAUCUCGGUUUUAUAAACUUUAAAUCAAAUUAAUUACGCUUAAUUAUUUUCUGGAAUUAUUAUAACUUUUUUUCCUCACUUUUAUUUUUCUCAAUUCAAAUAAUUAAUUAGCAUCAAUGGAAAAAAAAGGCAAACUGAAUUUUUCGUAAAGCACACGAGUCGUGCAAAAGAAAUUAUACUGAAGUUUGCCGAAGUCUAAUAAUUUUCGGAUUAUUUUUAAAAACGAGAUUUGAAAAAAAAAAUUUUUGAAAAAAUUGCACCUGUAGUUUUUUUAAUUUUCUACAUGUGCAUAUUUUUAUUUUUUAUUUUUUUUGUAAUUGAUUUGUUGAAAAACAAAAAAAAAAAAAUAGCUGAUUGUCUGUCAAUUUAUGAGUGUGAAUGUACCAGAUAUUAGACAAAUUUAAAAUUAUAA